AUGAAAGUCUUCGACCUCAACCUGCGAUCAUGCGGAUUGGAUGCCGGAUGGUUCUGCGCUCCCGCUCGGAGCUCAAAGCGCUCAUGUGGGAGUGGAUGGGGAGCAUGUAUCGAUCUUCCUGAUAGCAACAGGGAGUUCGUACAACCUGAAAGCAAGGCGUUUGUUCAGGAUGACAUUCUGAUUGAUGCCGAUGGGCUUCACGUCAACAACAAGAAGUCUUUGCACCAAGAAUCAGAGCUUUUUCUUCUCCUACAAACAGCAAGGAGAGCAUCACAGCGCCAUGAUGAUGAUUCGUUGUCCACAGCUUCAACACACAUCGACGACGAACCAACAAUGAUUUCUGCAAAUCGACUCGCAAAGCACGCCGGGGUGCCAUCUAUCAGUGACAAAAGGAAAGACAAUCGCUAUAUUCCACCAGUAUGGAGGACUGCAAGCACCAGUUCGGACAAGAGUCUUCAGCUCCCAUCGCUCACUGGAUUUAGCUCCAGUUUCUCGCAAGAGGGUUCAUCAGGAAGGAAAGAAGUCAGACUCUGCAACAUUCAGAAGAUCAAGGAAGUUGGGAAAGGCAAUACUGCAACUGUUUGGAAGUGCAUCGAUUGUUCAGACAGAAGAACCCUUGCUGUAAAAGAGAUGCCAGUGGAUCGGGAUGAGAAGAGAAAGGACAUGGCACUUCGCGAAAUGGUCACAAUGUUUGGGAUCGAUCACGCUGGAAUCGUGGCUUGUCACAAUGUUUUCUACUCCAAGAACAUGUUUCAUAUCGCCAUGGAGUACAUGGAUGCAGGAUCGCUUCUUGAUGCAAUGCGGAGGACCUGUCGCCAAUCGGGGAGCUACACGAUGCCUUUGCCUGCCCUGGCGCAUGUUUGCCAAAAGGUUCUCAGUGCCCUGGACUUCCUGCAUGAAGGCAUGCAACUAGUGCAUCGGGACGUAAAGCCUGGAAACAUUUUGCUUUCUGUCCAAGGGGAGGUGAAGCUCGCUGAUCUUGGUAUUUGUGCACAGCCGAUUACAGAGGGUGGAUUGCAAGAGGAAAGUACCGGGGUUUGUGCGACACCUGUUACAGAAUGGAUCGGAACAGUGACGUACAUGUCUCCUGAGAGGUUGUUGGGAGAGGCCUACGGCUACAGCGCAGACAUGUGGAGUCUGGGGCUUGUGCUGGUCGAGGCUGCCAUGGGGAGAUACCCUCUGACGCCUUCGGACUUUCAGGGAAACUUGCAAUUCUGGGAUCUUCUUGACAUCGUGAUGUCUGAGUCAACUUGCGCUUUCAAGCUGCUUGAGGGACUCGACAGGGAAUAUGAUGAACUUCGCACUUUCACAGAUGCUUGCUUGAUCAAGGACGGAGUUACCAGACCCUUGGCUCGAGAUCUGUUUGGACAUCCGCUUUUGAACUCUGCAGACCAGUCUGUGUUUGCACAGUGGUGUCUUGAGGUUGAUGGUUGGGCUUAG